CUUACAGCUUUAUGAUGAUGAUAUUACUGUUCCAAUGGUAUACGAUUCAAAUUACUUAUCAGAAUCUGAAAAUGACAAUUACGCCAGUGACUACUUAGAAAACGACGUUUCUAGUGAUAAUAACUUCUCAGACAAUGUAGAAAUGACGCGUGGAAAUCCCAACGCAUCGCAAAUAGCAAUUUCUCUUGUAAAAAGAGCAGUUGGCGAUGCCAAUGCACAAGGAUUAUCAUUAGCGUCAGAUGACAGUAAAGAAAUUUUAUCUGACAAUCUACAACCUACUGAAUCAUUUACUAGAAGAACAAGAGCUAGAAACCCUUGGAGGCCAAAUGUCGACGUUGAGGAAAUAGAACCGAAAAGUACCGCAACAUCGCGCAGACGGAACAGGAAUAGACAUAGAAAUAAUAAUUUGGAAUCUUUACAGCAAGCUAUUGUGCAUUUUUCUGGUGACACCAGUAAGUAUGUAGUAGGAAAACAUGAAAACUUCAGAGGAAAUGGGCAUCUACGUCACCCAAACCAAAUAUUUGCUGACUGGAAAGAGAGUGAUUGGGUGAAACCCCUGGGAAUGAAUGAAAAGUUUGAUUUUAUGAACGGAUAUCUCAAAAUUAAAGAAAACGGAUUAUAUUUCGUAUAUGCACAGAUUUAUUAUCUUGAUGAACACGACACAAAUGGCUUUCAUGUUCACAAAAAUCGUGAUGCAAUUCUUCAGUGUACAGUAAUGACACAUACAGUGAGUACAGUAACAAAAGGUAACACAUGCUAUACAGCUGGAGUUGAAUAUUUGAGGGAAGGAGAUGAAAUUAGUAUAAGAGAUGUGGGUAGUCACCGUUAUUCUUUAUUUGAACCAGGAAAAUCCUUUUUUGGAGUCAUAAAGUUGGGAGACGUUAAAGUAAAAUAAGUUUGUUCUAUGUACAUUUUAAGAAAGAAAAACUUAAAAAAAUACUCGCAUGUAUUAUGUAUUAAUAUUGUGAUAAUUGAGCCCUCUGUUUUGUAAACUUAUUUGUAGAUUUUAGAAUAAACUAUUCAACUUUA